GGACUAACAAGCAGCUUGUGUGCGUGUGGUCCCUUCGCCAAGUGAACCACGGAGCAGCAUCAGCAGUGGAGCAGCUUUCUGAAGUUCUGGCCCAUUCCUUAAGCAGGGCCAAGCUGCCCCUCGUGUAUUCCUGCUCUAUGUCCUGAGCGGUGCCAGCACCAACCGGCAGCUCCUGGGUCCUGGGGAUGUUCCCCCUUGAGCCCCAAGCAGCAGCAGUUGACCUGGACUGACCCAGCAGGUGUAUUCUGGAGCUGCCGGGCGGGAGCUGCGCCCUCCGGAGCCAUUCCUGAGCAAUGACUGAGGCGGUGAUGAACGGGAGGGUGCCGCUGCCGGAGAAAGCCUUGUCCGAGGGCUAUGCCCGGCUGCGGUACCGGGACACCUCCAUGCUCAUCUGGCAGCAGCAGCAGCAGAAGCUGGAGUCAGCACCCCCCAACACGUACCUGAGCCGGAGCCGGAGCAUGUGGUACUCCCAGUACGGCAACGAAGCCAUCCUGGUGCGGGACAAGAACAAGCUGGAUGUGCCCCGGGACACGGGGCAGUCCAAGUUCUGUGCUAUCAUGUGAUGGCUCUGGAGAGCUGCCAGGCUGGCCUGGGGCUGGAGGGAUGGGGCUGCAGCACCCACAGGGCAGACCCAUGCAGGGCAGACACAGCGCCCAGGCCAGGAACUGUCUGAGGUUUGUGUUUGUUGUCGCUGUUGUAGCAUCAUUCUGCACGUUGUGAAGUGUGUGUAACAACCCCAGCCUCAACCGGAGCUCACGAGCCCAUGUCUGCGCCCUGGCAUCGUGGCAUGGUUCGUGUUGGA